AAGAAUUAAAAUUGGUAAAAAGGAAAAAAAAAAUCCUCAACACGGAAGGGGGUCUCAUUCACUUCCCAUCCAACGGGGCUCGAGUCUUCGCCCUCUCCCGACAGCUCUCGCAUUUAUCGCUCUUUCGCCGUCGACGAUUUCCGGCGGAGCUCCGUCGUUUCUCCUCUUCCUCCGUCAUCGUAUGUAGGGGUUUUGAUUCUUGAUUAGGGUUUCUUCGACGAGACCGUAUUAGGUUUUUAUUUAUUUAGUCUUCGGUAAGGAGGAUUUCUGUCGACAUGACAAUGGGUGAGCGGAAGACUAUUGACUUAGAGCAAGGAUGGGAAUUUAUGCAGAAGGGGAUCACAAAAUUGAAGAACAUUCUAGAGGGUUUGCCUGAGCCUCAGUUUAGCUCCGAGGACUACAUGAUGCUUUACACGACCAUAUAUAACAUGUGCACCCAAAAGCCUCCGCAUGAUUACUCCCAGCAGCUUUAUGAUAAAUAUCGCGAAUCUUUUGAAGAGUACAUCACUUCCAUGGUCUUACCAUCCCUGAGGGAGAAGCAUGAUGAGUUCAUGUUGAGGGAACUUGUCAAAAGGUGGACCAACCACAAAGUCAUGGUGAGGUGGCUUUCUCGAUUCUUUCACUAUCUCGAUCGAUACUUCAUUGCUCGAAGGUCACUUCCACCCCUCAAUGAAGUUGGACUCACUUGCUUUCGAGAAUUGGUGUACAAAGAGCUAAACAGUAAUGUGAGAGACGCUGUAAUUUCAUUGAUUGAUCAAGAACGUGAAGGAGAGCAGAUUGACCGAGCUCUAUUAAAGAAUGUUUUGGAUAUUUUUGUUGAGAUUGGGAUGGGGCAAAUGGAUUACUAUGACAAUGACUUUGAAGCUGCAAUGCUUAAUGAUACUGCUGCUUAUUACUCUAGGAAGGCUUCAAAUUGGAUCCUAGAAGAUUCUUGUCCCGAUUAUAUGCUAAAAGCUGAGGAAUGCUUGAAACGAGAAAAAGAUAGAGUUUCUCACUAUUUGCACUCUAGUAGCGAGCCUAAGUUAUUGGAGAAAGUUCAACAUGAACUGUUGUCUGUUUAUGCUACUCAACUUCUGGAGAAAGAGCAUUCAGGAUGCCAUGCAUUGCUUAGAGACGACAAGGUGGAAGAUUUGUCAAGGAUGUUUCGUCUCUUCUCCAAAAUACCCAAGGGAUUGGACCCAGUUUCCAACAUAUUUAAGCAGCAUGUCACUGCUGAAGGAACAGCAUUGGUCAAACAGGCAGAAGAUGCUGCCAGUAACAAGAAGGCCGAGAAAAAGGACAUAGUUGGUCUGCAGGAACAGGUUUUUGUAAGAAAAGUGAUUGAGCUUCACGACAAGUACUUGGCUUAUGUGAAUGAUUGUUUCCAAAACCACACACUAUUUCACAAGGCUCUCAAGGAAGCUUUUGAAGUCUUUUGCAAUAAGGGUGUUGCUGGAAGUUCUAGUGCAGAAUUACUUGCCACCUUUUGUGAUAACAUCCUUAAGAAAGGUGGAAGUGAGAAGUUGAGUGAUGAAGCAAUUGAGGAGACACUUGAGAAGGUAGUGAAGUUGCUUGCUUAUAUCUGCGACAAAGAUCUGUUUGCUGAAUUCUACAGAAAAAAACUUGCUCGAAGGCUUCUCUUCGACAAGAGUGCCAAUGAUGACCACGAGAGAAGUAUAUUGACCAAAUUGAAGCAACAAUGUGGUGGCCAGUUCACUUCUAAGAUGGAGGGGAUGGUCACUGAUUUGACUCUGGCAAGGGAGAACCAAACUAGUUUCGAGGAGUACUUGAGCAAUAAUCCACAAGCUAGUCCGGGAAUCGACUUGACUGUUACUGUUUUGACCACUGGUUUUUGGCCAAGUUACAAGUCUUUUGACCUUAACCUGCCGGCAGAGAUGGUGAAGUGUGUUGAAGUUUUCAGAGAGUUUUAUCAAACCAAAACAAAGCAUAGAAAACUUACGUGGAUUUACUCCUUGGGAACUUGUAACAUCAGCGGAAAAUUUGAACCGAAAAUAAUGGAGCUGAUUGUGACGACUUAUCAGGCUUCUGCUCUGCUGCUAUUCAAUUCCUCAGAUAGAUUGGGUUACUCCGAAAUCAUGACGCAAUUAAACUUGAGCGAUGACGAUGUUGUUAGACUACUGCACUCAUUGUCAUGUGCCAAGUAUAAAAUUCUUAACAAGGAGCCAAAUACAAAGACCAUCUCUCCCAACGACCAUUUUGAGUUCAAUGCAAAAUUCACCGACAAAAUGAGGAGAAUAAAGAUCCCUCUUCCUCCUGUGGAUGAGAAGAAGAAAGUAAUUGAAGAUGUUGACAAGGAUCGAAGAUACGCUAUUGAUGCCUCGAUCGUGCGGAUAAUGAAGAGUCGGAAGGUUUUGGGACACCAGCAGUUGGUGAUGGAGUGCGUCGAGCAGUUGGGUCGUAUGUUCAAGCCCGAUUUCAAGGCGAUAAAGAAGAGAAUCGAAGAUCUGAUCACCCGGGACUAUCUAGAGAGAGACAAAGACAAUCCCCACUUGUUUAGGUACUUGGCUUGAUCUUGCUUUUUCCAUGGGUGAGGGUGGUGGGUGGUGGUGCUAUUCAAGAUAGCAUGAAAGGCUCGUGGUGGAAGCAGCUCGAGCACGUGCCCUCUGUAAUUCGUGUGCCGGUUUUUUCCUGAAAUCUUGAAACCAGGAGCUGAUCUGAUGAGAAAAAAGGUGGUUGUACAUUUUGCCCAUCCGAAGGAGGUGAGAGCAAGCCUUGUUGUUAAGGUUGUGUGUGGUACUGACACUUUUGGGAGGGCGGAAAAAGAUUUUAGUUAUUUUUAUAUAUAUAAUAUGGUGGUCCGAUUAUAUAUGAGCGGACUGUAUUACAAUACGACGUUGUCUUGGACUUUUGUUGAUCUUAGUUGAAAUUUGUACAUCUGUUGCUUUUCGAUUGUUAAUUUUGAACACUAGCAGCAUCAGGUGAAAAAUGUCUCUGGAAAUUUAGAUACAUAUCCUCCUAUUAUUGUUCUGCUUGUUUAAAA